AGCUAAAUCACUUUCAUACCAUUUUGAUAGGAUGUUGAAGCUCAAUUUGCAUUAAUCUUUGCUUGACAGUACGAUCUGAUUAGUUUGGUGCCGAUUUCCGGAGCAGACCUAAACUCGACUCAAAAGCGUCUCUGGGCAUCGAAAAAAAUCAACGUCGGUCCGAGCCACCAGUCAAAAAAUAUGGUGUAGGAGAGCGAAAAAAAAGUGAAGGCAAAAAAAGUUAUGGCGUACUGCCACUAAUACCAUCAGCAGUGAAAAACGAGAUUCGCUAGUGUGACCCGUGAGUGACGAAUCAGUGAAAUAAAUUAUUUCUCAAUCCGAGAUUUCGCGAAGAAACACCAUGUUAUACACUCAUGGGUGUCAUUUCCUGAAGCUAUUCGCCAAUUUCGAUAAGUGACGUCAAGGUGUUUCAAUCGCCGUACCACCAUACAGGAGUACCAUGAAUGAGUUUCAUUAAUUCGGAUAAUUACUGAAAAUUGCCGCUUUUUCCGCUCCUCUGCGCUAUUUACUUUAUAUCCGAACGAUUGCAGGCGGGCGGUGUUCAGGAGUUUGAAAAGCGAAAGUUCGUCAUUCAUCGCUUCGUCUAUUCGCAUCGAUCCCGGAGCGCUAUCGUUGUGCAAUUUCGAUCCAUUCCAAGUUAUUCGCAAACCGCAACCUUCGAGCCGUAUCAAAUUCUGCAAAGCUGGCUCCAGUUUUCGGUCAACUGGUUAUCUCGACAGCGGCCGCGGUGGCGGAAAACGGCAAAAUUCCACCGUCGGCCGUCGUCCAGAUGAAACGGGAGAAAAGCGAAGAAGCCGAGGAUCUCGAUGUUAAGAUCUUUGCCAACAAGGGCGACCUGCAGCUUCACGGUGGCCAGCUGCAUAUGCGCGAAACCAAACCGUACAAGUGCUCCCAAUGUACAAAGGCAUUUGCCAACUCGAGCUACCUGUCGCAACAUACGCGGAUACACUUGGGUAUCAAACCCUAUCGGUGCGAGAUUUGCCAGCGGAAGUUUACUCAGCUGUCGCACCUGCAGCAGCACAUACGGACACACACCGGAGACAAACCGUACAAGUGUCGCCAUCCGGGCUGCCCGAAAGCUUUCUCGCAGCUUUCGAACCUCCAAUCCCACUCGCGGUGCCAUCAGACCGACAAACCGUACAAAUGCAACUCCUGCUACAAGUGUUUCACCGACGAAGCGUCCCUGCUGGAGCACAUACCAAAGCACAAGGACUCGAAGCAUCUGAAAACACACAUCUGCCAGCUGUGCGGAAAGUCCUACACUCAGGAGACCUACCUCGCGAAGCACAUGCAGAAGCAUGCCGAGAAGGAGGAGAAGCGCCGCAACCGGGGUAACAAUAGCAAUAACAAUAACAACAACAACAACUCCGCCGCAGUGGCAGCCGCGGCAGCAGCGGCCGCUGGAAUUUCCGAUGCCGCUGCCGGGCUGGCAGGUCUGGCUGGACUAGGCCUGAACCGGAUGGGCGGUAUGGUCGGCAAUGCGGCCGCUGCCACGCUGGUUGCGUCCGGUGGUGAACAUCCCUACUGGCCAAAGGUUAGUCCCGAUUCGGCAGCUUCCCUGGCGGAAGCGAUGCAACAGCAGCAGCAGCAACAGUACGAUUUUGCCCUCCAACAACAGCAGCAGCAACAGCAACAACAACAACAACAGCAGCAGCAGCAGCAUGGCGGUAGUGGAGGAGGCGGUGGUGGCGGUGCCGGUAGUAACAACUCUGCGAAUGAUCAUCACCGUAAUAUGAACGGCGGCAGUUCGGCCAACUCCGACGACGUGGGCGAAGAUUUGGUUGUCAUCCGGCAAAACCCGCAACAGCAGCAGCAGCAACAGCAACAACAGCAACAUGUGAAUAACCAGACCCCAACCUCAUCGGCAGCGAACGUCGUGGUGACGGCGUACGAUGCCUCAAGUGCGACUAAAAGCAGCACCAACUCGGCGUUCACGCCGAUCAAUGCAAUGCCGCCACAUCUGAACCUGGCCGCCGCCCAUCAUCAUCAGCAGCUGGCGGCGGCCCAGCGGCCUUCCUACCUGUACGAUGCCAUCAGCUUCCAGAAUCAGAAAUCGAUUCAGCAAGCCGGAGGCAACGCAGCCGGUAACAGUUUCCCGAACCAGCUCAUCUCGCUGCACCAGAUCCGGAACUACGCGCACCAGCCGACCAGCGGGCUGAUAGCGGGCGAACACCUGCUGAUGAGUGGGGUGGGCAAAACGGAAAAACAGUAG